AUGUCGUCUAUGGACUUAUCCAGUCGUAGAUUCCAGGCCGUUUCACAAGAAUCGUCUGCUCUUACUCCUCUUCGAUAUCACUCUCCAACAUUGCGGCCUCCACGCUUUUUGGGCUCUUCCACGGGUCGAGCAAAAUCGGAGCAAGUGGUGCUAGAAUUUCUACAUAAAGCAGCAGAACUUAUUGUCCAGAGUCGAGUAAACAUUCAGGCGGAGCCAGACUUGCGACGUGGUAGUCGUCGAACUAGAUUUAAUCUAGACAUUGAAGGAGUCCCAAUGGUUCGGGACGCUAUGACUAUUUGGAGAGAAGACGUGCGGCAGCCGCUGACCAUUGACAUUUAUUGGGACGGAGCAGGAGAUGAUCGGUGUAAAGUGCUGCUUGAGCGCUGGAGUAUCACGUUCGCAGCAGAAGGAGAGAACUGUGACACUCAAUUGGGCUCGACGCAGGACGUGAUUCAGCAACUAAAGGGGGUCUGUAAGAGGAUUAGCGUGCUCUUGCGUGCUUUGUUCUCGUUCAUGCGGCAACUUCCAGCGCACCGAUUGUUUACGCAAUCAUAUCCUUCACAAUUGAGUUAUACGAUGCACACAGCACCGGCGAGCGACGCCACACGUGCGUUUGAAGCUCAACAUGUUGCAACAAGUGGAUAUUCUUUUAUUCCGAUUGCGACGCCGUUUGGUUUGCUGAAAGUGGCAGCAGUUUAUCGGCGUGAUUGCGACCAGUUUAUGGAGCAACAGGAGCAAGUUGCGCUUUCGCGUAUUUUCCAGGAUAAUUUCAUUAUUCACGACUAUGUACCGGGCUCGCCGGAGCUGGUUCCUGCUAGUGCGCCUGAACCGACAACAAUGACUCAUUUACCGAUGAGAGAGAUGGAUCUGCGCACAGAUUCUUUUGUGCCAGUAAGUGAUGCAGAGCAGUUUGAUGGAGGUGAUGAUAGAGAUCUACAUGUACAGCGACGUCGAUCAUCACCUCGCUCGAUUCCUAUGUCUAUUGCUAAACCACAGCAGCAGUUUAACAGUACAGAUCUUGUGGAUGAUAUCGAAGCUGAUGACGAAGUAGCGUCGCGGCCUCAGCCAAGCAUGUCAAAACCUAUGGCUAUUCCACGGGUUAGCAGUAAAGGAGGUAUUGCCGCUGCUGGUGCUAGAGAUGUGGGGACUGCUAUUGGGUAUCGUGAGGUGAAAAGUGAUGGAAAUCUGAUUCAGCAUGCACAUUCAUACGGAGGAGACGAUGACACUCGACUGCGGGAUGCAGCUGCCGAUCCGAAUGUGACAGCGGCUCCUUAUGGCUACGGAAAUGUUGCAAUUGAGCGGGAACAAAAGCAAAGCUUUUCGCCGUCGCUCGCAUUCCAGCAGCGCCAGCAGCAGCUUUGGGAGGGCACGAACCGUCAAGAGAUUGAAAGCGGGCUGCGUAUGUCUCAGACAUCCUCCCACGAGGAGCCAUCGACCAGCAACAACAAUACGUCAUACCACCCAUUGUCGACCCCGCCUCGUCACCCGAAGACUGUAUCGUUGCAGCAGCACGACCCAAGGCGAAGAAAGAUCUCUUUUAAUGGCGCUUUCGUUUCUGAGGCGACUCACUCGCAGUGUCUAAACACUACUGCUGGAAGUAUGGCAAAAGCAGAAGCCGUUACAAUCCCUUUUGGUGAUGCACGUACAGAUGAUAUGGCGAUGUUCUCUGCGAGUCCCCCGUUCCAAGCGAAUCCGUGUGAGCUUCUCUCUACGUCUCCUGGUUACUCAUACAGUAAGAGUCGCAUUAAGGCAGGCGCUAGCAAUGCGCCCACUUUUAUUACGACAGAUCAGUUCCAGCUGGGGCUUCACAGCGUAAAGGGGUCAACUUCUGCCAGCCUAAUUUCCGUGAAAAAGCGUGGGUUCUUGCCUGAUUUUGGUGACAGUGGUGUGACGGCAUGGGGAGUCUCACCUGAUACACCCGAUUCAUUUGGUUUUGCACUUAUUGGAGCGAGCAGCGGAGGCCGACCCCGGCUCUCGCUUUCAGGAAGUGCUGAGACCGGUGGUGCCAGCAAUGCCCAAGGUGAUGAUUACUUUAGCGAUGGCUCGGACCUGAUGCUGCCUUUUGCGAUUGGGGAUGGCUCAACGACUGCUACUACUGCCUUAGACUCCCAGUCAACAAGCACGCUGAACUGUUCGUCAAGGUUGGAGACUGCAGCAGUGGGGGAGUUCCUUCACCAGCUCAAGAACGCGCCGCGGUUGAGCAGGUCUGUGUCUGCUGUCUCUACGUCGGUGGAAGUCAAAAAUUUGGGCAAGCCGGCAAAUGAAGGCAGCCAAGGAACUCCGUUUCAGACAUCAGUUUUUGACGAUGAGCUUGCUGGCUUUCGCAGUCUGCGUGACGAGCUCGCUCAAGUGAUCUGA